AAACGAAAAUUUCAAGAUGGCGGAUUGUUUAACAAUAUGUGCUGCCUUACUGGUUUCUAUCGGUUUUACAUUUCUCUUUUGGUUUAUAAGACGACUUGGAAUUAUAGAAACCCAAACGGCUGUAACACAUAAAAGGCCGAAACCACAACCAAUGGUCGAAGUUUGUAAUCCAUUUAAAAUAACUGCAUCUUCACUCCCCUUAAUAGGUUGUGUUGAUAUGUUGCUUAGCUGCACACAUCCAUGCUAUGUCUGGUGCUUCUGGAAGGUAGAAAAGCAAUGUUUGGACCAAAUAGUUUGUUUUAGGGAUUCUAGUGAUGGAAAAAGUGAAGAAACUGAUAAAUUUACCAAUUGGAAGUUGAAACUGGAGAAAAAUUGCAAAGCAGUGAUUGGCAAAGAUUUUACUGACAUAUGUUCUGGGAAAAAAGUAUCUUACAAUGUCACAGAUCUAGACUCAAUUGAGCCUGACCUGACAAACAAUGAGAUACAAGUGUAUGAUCUGGUAGUUGCCAUGGAGUUGACUGAUGAACACAAGGCAAUGAUAGAAUCAGAAUCUUGCAUUACAGCUAUGCUGGCUGGUAUUCAAUUGGAAAGACAAAAUGGAAACUUUAAAACAUCUAUCAUUCAACAGUACAUUCAAACUUACAAUGGCAAGAUAUUCAAAUUACAGAAAUUAUUUCUGGAAGGUUCAAGCAAUCAUGAGCAAAGUACACAGAACAACAGUUUAUGCAUUGUUUGUCAGAUGUUGCCCAUAUCGCGGGCUUUCAUACCAUGUGGCCAUGCAUGUUUAUGUUCUCUCUGUUUUAAUAAAAUGAACAAGUGCCCAAUGUGUCGUCGUCCGAUAAUUUCAUCAUUUAUAUUAGGAGAGGAACCGAAUCUGGACCAAGAAAAUGAGAACGAGUUCAGUGACGUCUUAAAAGGAAUGAAUCCGUUGGAAAUAGUAAAAAGAAUGUGCGAAGCUUCUUGAAUUGUCAGGACUUCUUUUG